AUGAUGAACGGAAUCAAACACGAAUUAGUUGGUUCAGCAUCGGCAGCCGCUGCAGCAGCAGCUGCUUAUCAAAAUCCUUUACUCUAUGCUCCAACACCAUCAUGGAUGGGCUCAGAAAAUUUUCCAGAAAUGAACAGUUUUGGUCUUUAUCAUCCACAUUCUUAUCCAACAAGUUAUGAUAGACAUCAUCAUCAUCAUCAUUCUGUCUCAACAUAUUCUUCAUUAGCUGCGGCUGCAUAUCGUAAUUCAAUAUCACCAUUAAAUAAUGAUUUUAAAAAUGAAAAAGUCGAACCAUAUAUACCAAAUUCAACUACAAUACAUCAUAGUCCUGUUCAUUGUGUACCAUCAACAUCGACACUAAUGCCAAUAAAACCUCAAUUUAAUUCAAUAGAUGAUGAAAAAAAUUCUUCAACAUCAUCAUCAACAUCAAAACUACUUGAUAAUGAUGAACAACAAUCAUCGACACGCGUUUCACCAACACCAAUAAUAGCGAAUAAGAAAAAAUCGAAUAAUUCAAAUGAAUUAUCAACUGGUGGAAAAAAACGUAAAAGACGAAUUUUAUUUACUAAACAACAAAUAGCAACACUUGAGCAACGUUUUAAUGCUCAACAUUAUUUAUCAGCACCUGAAAGAGAAUUACUAGCUAAACAUAUUGGUUUAACAGCCAAUCAAUGUAAAAUAUGGUUUCAAAAUCAUCGAUAUAAACUUAAACGUGCUAAACAAGAAAAUUCUUCAAAAACUGUUUCUUCCUAUACAGAUCUUUGUUUUGAUCCAAAUAAUUCGCCUCCACCACCUCCAACUCAACAACCUAUUCGACGUGUACCUGUUCCAUUACUUGUUCAAGAUGGUAAAUCUCUUUAUGGUCCACCAGCUUCAUCAUCAUCUCCAACAUCUUCUUCACCAUAUGGAACUAUGCUUAAUGAUUCAGGUACAACAUCCUCAACAAAUCCUCCAUCAUCAUUCGAUCCAUUAGCAUAUAAUGUUUAUAUGUCAUCUAUUGGUUAUCAUCAUCAUCAUCAUCAAUAUCCAACAUCAAAUGCACAAUUUCAUAGUCAAUAUGAAAAUUGUUUAAGACAACAACAAACUGGUCAACCAUCAGCUUGGUCAACAAGUGCCUGGCCAUAA